GUUAGGGUUAGGGUAAGGGUUCAUGUGUCAUGACAAUGUCAUGUGUUCAUGAGAGUGUCAUGUCACUGUUACAGUAUGUCGAUACUGUCAAGUAAAGAGUUACCCAAUAAAGUACCAGGCCCCUUAACAACUAGGCCCCCACAUGUGAUAUCAGCAAAAUGGUCACCUUAAACUAACCACUUGCUUGUUGAAGAUGAUGGUUUAUAAAUGUUUAUAAAUGUUCCUUACAAAAUGCAUGCUCUUCAUAGCCUAUAUGUCUGUCAUAAUUAAUAAAUGAUUUUCCCUCUGCCAGUGUACAUCAGCCUCUACUAUGUGGCAUUUUAUGUGGUGAUGACAGGACUGUUUGCUCUGUCCAUCUGGGUAUUGAUGUACACCCUGGAUCCAUAUGCACCAGAUUAUCAAGACCGGUUACGUUCGCCGGGCGUAAUGGUUUGGCCGGACUCAUACAACGAAGAGGACCUUGAGCUGGUUUACAACAUGUCUGAGAAGAACAGUUGGAGGAAGAUGUCCAAGUGCCUGGAAGACUUUCUCAUCCCUUACAAUUACACCAAACAGGAACACUGCAAAAUGAUGAACAAAGACUGCAAGAAGGGGACAUACUAUUUUCAGAAACAUUUCGAGGCUCCUGAUCACAGAAAGUAUUCUUGCGUCUUCAACCCAACUGUGCUUGGAAAUUGCUCUGGUCAGGAUGAUGAUACAUUUGGCUACAAUGGAACACAGCCAUGUGUAAUCAUCAAAAUGAAUAGGAUAAUUAAUUUCCUGCCCAACAACGGAACCAACAUGGCACCCUAUGUCAACUGCACAGUAUUGGAGGGACAUGAGAAUGUGGGAAACAUUGAGUAUUUCCCACCCAAUGGAACAUUCGACCUGUCCUACUUCCCUUACUAUGGACGGAAAGCACAGCCAACUUAUUUGAAUCCCCUAGUGGCCGUGAAAUUCCACCUGAUUGAGCAGCGUUCGGCGAAGAUCCAAUGUAGGGUUGUGGCCCACAACAUCUUCUACGAGAACUUCUAUGAGCCUUACGAAGGCAAAGUCAUCUUCCGCCUUGAGGCCACAAGCUAAACCCUGGUGACAACUCACAGCAGUGACACCUGUUAAUGGAGACUAUGCACACAUUCACAUGUAAAUUGUACUUUUGUAAGUCUUACAUAAUAUCGUAAAAACUCGAUUAAAAGCCUAGUCCCAAUUAACUGGCCUGGUGUGGCUACAGAUUUGGACAAAUAAAGGUAGGUCCCAAUUAGAAGCCUUGUCUAGUUUUUAUGGAAGUAUAUGAAGUGUUGUAUAAAACCGCUUAUCCCACCAGAUCUACUGCUUCAGCUACUGUAGUUCUAUGCUGU